AUGGAUGGGUCCAUGGAGGCCGGCCCAUCGCGCUCUGACGCAAAAACUGAUUCUCCACCUAUUGAUGUGUCUAUAGAAAAGGUAAGAUCUCUCUUUUUGUAUCCGGUUUAGGAACAACGUAGCCAAUCCUUUUGUGUGAAACAUCCUAGCGGACGUUUUAAAGAAGAAAUCUGGAAAUUUGACAAUGAAAAAAUGGCACUUGUCUUGACGUUAUUGCAUAAUUUUGCAGGAAUCGAAGGAGACACGCAUGAAACCGCUGGAGAAAGCGCGUGCAAAGCUGGCGCAGACGAAGCAAAUGAAUAUCAAGUUAGCAGAGAACUGCAAUAAGCUUGCUUUGAAUAUAAUGGAUGAGUCCAUGGAGCCUGGCCCAUCGAGCUGUGAUCCAAACAUUGAUUUAGCAGCUAUGGAGGUGUCUGCAGGAAAGGUAAGAUUUCUCUUUUUGCAUCCGGUUUAGGAACAAGGUAGCCAAUCCUUUUGUGUGAAACAUCCUAGCGGACGUUUUAAAGAAGAAAUCUCGAAAUUUGUCAAUGAAAAAAUGGCACUUGUCUUGACGUUAUUGCAUCAUUUUGCAGGAGCUGAUGGUGUAUCCAGAAAAUGUAAGUUUUCUCUUUAUUCAUCCGGUUUAGGGACAAAGGAGCUGAUCUGUUUUGUGUGAAACAUCCCAGCGGACGUUGUAAAGAAGAAAUCUGGAAAUUUGACAAUAGCAAAAGGGCACUUGUCAAUAGAUUAUAUACAUCAUUUUGCAGCAGCUGAUAGUGUCCCAGAAAAUGUAAGAUUUCUCUUUUUUCAUCCGGAUUAGGAUCAAAUUAGCCAAUCCUUUUGUGUAAAACAUCCUUGCGGACGUUUUAAAGAAGAAAUCUCGAAAUUUGUCAAUGAAAAAAUGGCACUUGUCUUGACGUUAUUGCAUCAUUUUGCUGGAACUGAUGGAGAAAUGCGAGAAAGGGCUGGAGAAGGCGUGAGGAAAGCUGGAUCAAAGGAAGCAGACGACGUUCAGAACAUUUCAAUGUAAGUUUGUGACGUUGCCUUUUUGAUUUUUUUGUUUUUCUAGGCCAUUGAGCUAACAAUUUUCUCUGGUUAUACCUAAAAUAAUAUAAUUGAUAUUUCAGCCGGUCCAUGCUGAAGUAG